ACUUCACUCAUGCAGUCUGCCUUACCGAAUUCGGCUUGUAGCUGCUGCUCUUGCUAUCUGAGUCGUGUCUACUGCUGGAGGCACGACAGAAGAGGGUUGUCAUACUACCCGCGGCAAGAUGCUUGCUCGGGGGGCAGCCAUCGUGCCGGUGGCAAUUGUGUCAGUCUGCGCUCUCGCCCUCCUCAUUCUUCAUGGCCAGCCUUACCUCACUCAUCUCUUGGGUGACAAUGGUCCGAUGAAGAAACACAUGGACACUGCUAAGGGUCAUCUGGUGGUCGCGAUGGUCAAAGGCAGGGAGGUUCGCAUAAACUUCUUCUCUCCCGUCCUGCAAUUACUUGUGGGAGUUACUGCAUUCCUGUCGUCGCUAGUCGCUGCGGACCGUCUAUUCCACUUCUACGUCGCAUUGUACUGGAGGUUUUCGAAGAAACGCCCAGAGGAGGCCUUCGAGGCAAACCCCCUGCCAGAUCCGGCGGCCUGUUCUCAAGCGUUUCCCAAAGUUGUCGUGCAGAUUCCAAUGUUCAACGAAAAGGAGGUGUGCGAACAAGUGAUUGACGCAUGUUGCAACUUGAUAUGGCCAAGCGAUCGCCUUUACAUUCAGGUCUUGGAUGACUCGACCUGCCCUAUCACUCGCAGCAGGGUGAUUAAGAAAGUGGCCGAGAAGGUAGCCCUUGGAAUUCAUAUCGAGGACCGCUGGCGGUCCAAUCGGCAAGGAUACAAAGCCGGUGCGAUGAUUGAGGCUGAAAAGGCUCUUGGAGACUACGAAUUCACGGCUAUUUUUGAUGCGGAUUUUAGUCCAGAGCCUGGUUUCCUCCUUAAGACAAUCCCAUACCUUAUUGUAAGUCCUCUGUCGUGCUUUCUUUAAUUUUAGGAGGCCAAGCUCUCACCCUCUCGGGUAACUUUCAGGACAAUCCACGGGCUGCGUUUGUUCAAGCGCGCUGGGUGUUUGCCAAUGCGGAUGAGUCCGUUUUGACUCGAGUCCAAGAGAUCUCACUGAACUAUCACCUGAAGUGUGAACAAUAUGCCAGAUUUGCCACGGGCAACUUCUUCAACUUCAAUGGAACUGCUGGAGUAUGGAGGCUUUCUGCAAUCAAGGAUGCGGGCGGUUGGAACAACAGAACAACGGUUGAAGACAUGGACCUUUCUCUACGAGCUUAUGUUAGAGGCUGGAAGUUUAUUUUCUUGAAUGACGUAACAGUAAGUCAACAUGACUUUGUUCUCUUUUACAAAUACCUUUUUACUAAUGCUUCUCUCUGUAUGUGUGCAGUGUGUUAACGAGAUCCCAUCAACAUAUGCAGCUUUCAGGCACCAACAGCACCGUUGGAGCGGUGGACCAAUGCAGCUUUGGAGGAAAGCGAUGGAUCAAGUCUGGGAGUCCGAGGUUAGUUCUUUAGCUACCCCAGUCGUUCCUCUUUACCUCGGUCAUUCUGACAGUGCUUUCGUCUUUUCAGAUUCCACUUGUUCAAAAGAUCUACCUUAAUUGCUUCUUCUUUGGAACAAGGCUGUUUGCCACCCAUAUUGUAUCGUUUGUAUUCUACUGCACAUUGGUACCCAUCUGUGUGGUGGCUCCAGAGGUGACAAUUCCUUAUUGGGCUUUGGUUUACGUGCCAAUACUGGUGACUAUCUCAACUGUUGCCUUCACUCCAAGGUAAGACUCGUUAUCACGACUGUUUUGUCCUUCUUUACAUUCUGUUAUGACAACAUUGGGUGCUGUCCUAGGUCUUGGCUGUACGCCAUACCAUUCGUUCUAUUUGAGAAUGCCAUGAGCAUUGUCAAAUUUUCCGCCAUGGUCUCCGGAAUUCUGGGCUAUCUACGGCACAUUCAUGGGUCGUAACCCAGAAGCUUGGGAACUGGGUCCAGACUGAUGCAGCAACUGCAAAGACAGGGCUGGCGAAGUAUCUGGGUAAGGCUGGAGCCAUUCCACAUAGUCUGAGUCUUCCCGUCAUUUCUGAAAGCCUGGUGAAGCAAGGAGCUGAAAAGACGCAGCCCAAGAAUCCAAAGAGCUCCAGGUUCAACCGCACAAUAUACAAGAGGGAACUGGGUAUGGCUGCAUUCAUCUUUGGUGCUGGAAUUUACGCGAUUUUUGUGGAAGACCGCUGGGACUAUUCUAUCUUCCUCUUUCUCCAAAGCAUAGCAUUUGCCAUGUUUGGCUUGAAUUUCGUGGACAGGACGAAUUGAUGUAGCUUUCAUACGACCUUGGGUUGAUGGUAGCUUCUUCAGUGUGCGGUCCUGCUCGUGGAGCACUAGAAAGUGUUGU